UCAACACAUGGCAGCUGAGCUGUGGGGUGAUAAACAAACUCACACCAGCCCGCAAACUCUCACCGCAGGCAAUGCCAGAGAGGUGGAGAGUCCAGCCCUUCUCCAGUCUUUUUGUCUGGGGACCGGGUCGUGGGUCACCCUGUCACCGGCUGCCACCCAAUCCACACUGCAUCCGGCCCCUACAGUUCCCUCAGCAGGUGAGUCAAAGCGGAUCGUCCUGCUGGGAAAAACUGGCAGUGGGAAAAGCAGCCUCGCCAACAUCAUACUUGGAGAGGACUUGUUCACUGUACAUCAUUCUUCUGAUUCUGGAACUACCACAUGUCAAUCUGAAACCAGAGAUGUCAGUGACAGAAAGAUCACUUUGGUCGACACGCCUGGUUUGUUUGAUACAGAAAGGUCAGAGGAGGAUUUGAAGCCUGAGAUCAUGAAGUGCAUUACAGAGUGUGCUCCUGGAAUUCACGCCUUUCUCAUCGUGCUGAAAGUUGAGACAUUCUCAGAGCAGGAGCAAGAAGUCAUCAGCAGAAUAUGUGAAUAUUUCUCUGAAGACAUUCUGAAACACGCCGUGGUCGUCUUCACCUUCGGCGACCAGCUACGUGAAGGGAUAAUAAUCGAGGAGUUUGUCAGACAGACUCAAAAGCUGAGAGACCUGGUGAACAGGUGCAGCGGCCGGUGCCACGUCUUCGACAACAAAUACUGGAACAACAACACGCUGCAGAACGACUACAGGAGCAACCACUUCCAGAGGGAAGAGUUACUGAAGACCAUCGACAAGCUAACGGUGGAAAGAAACGGCCAAUGCUACACCAACGACAUGCUGCAAGCUGUGGAGAGAGAAACCCAGAGAGAGGAGGAGCAAAUCAGGCAGUCAUCUCCAGAAAACCUGCCACCAGAGGAGAUCAGAAACCAGGCCAGACGAAAUGUGGACUCACAACGGGGGCUUGUUUGGGAGCUUUUUUUGGCAUUGAGGAGCUGGUUAGGGUAGUUAUAAUGGCUGUGACACAAAUAUCUCGGUAACACUUUACUUGAAACACCCAGAGUAACACAUUAUAAGUACAUUUAUAAAGCAUUAUAAUGCCAUUAUAACAUGUGAAGCUAUAGUUACAAACACUCAUAAAUGAUCACUAUGCCAGCACCUAACCCUAAUCCUAUGCUGUAUAGUGGGUUAUAAAGUGUGUUAUAAUGUUAUACCAGGUGCUUCAAGUGUUACCGAAAUUUCUAGAAAGACAUUCUGUUCCCAUGCCUCCCAAAAUAUUUAGUGAUUUUUUUUGUCUUUCUCUUUUCUUGUUCCCUACUGUCUUAUACAUUAAAUGUUUCUUGAUUGGAAUUGUAUUUCUUUUUCUUCUGGAGUUUUUAACCUUAAGCUUUCAAAAUUUUGAUAAUAUGAGAUUUUUUUCUUUAUACCGUAUUGGCCCGAAUAUAAGACGACUCUGAUUAUAAGACGACCCCUAUUUUUCAAAUAUCAUUUUGUGAAAAUAAAAAUACGUUAAAUACAAUAAGAACUUUUUUUAUUGUACAAUUAUUCCAAGCUCAAAAACUCUCAACAGUGAUGACAUUUCACAUGACUUAAAGGUGCAUUAAGGAGUUUUACAACCUUAAAAAUACUUAUUUUCCACCAUAAAUAUGUUACACAUUUUUAAUAAUGUGUACAAUGAGCCCUGACAUGUUCAUUACCAGAACCUCUAACA